CGCGGCUGCGGCGAUUUAGCUAGCUCUUGCUUUUGAGUAAAAAUGUGAAAGUAGCCAAAUUCUGUUUAGCUACAACAAAAUUUCUUAAUAAUUCUUAUGCUAAAUGAAAUUAGGUAGCUACACCUUGUUAUCAGAACUUGUUCUACAAAAUAAAAUUGCUUAGUAAUAUUUUUUAACUGUACAGGAUAACGACGGGCUGUUUCCUUUAAAACCGCCCGAAUAUAACCAACAGAAGCGGGGAAAACUAUGUUGAUUAUUCAGUGGGUGCAGAGUAAAAUUAUAGGAAGCUAUAAAUUGUAUUUGUAUAAAAUUUUCGGAAAGGAUUAUUUGUUUCCAAAAUCUUGAAAUUGGGAAACUCCGCAUACAAAAAGGUGAGUUUUGCAGCAAUUAGUUUUGGAAAUUUUAAGAUCAAGGGAAAAGCUUAAUCAGCCGUAGCUACUUAAUGAACUGUUUUCUCAACCUCGUUCCCGGAGUUUUUGUCUUUUAUCAGCGCUGCGCUUAUUGAUAGAUCUGACGCUGCUGCUGUUUUUUAAUCAUUAUUUUUGUUUUCCUCCUAAAACAAGAAACAAAUAGAAUCUUUUUGCUUAAUUGAUUUGUUUCUAUUAGGCAAUACGCGACAUCUUGUGUGUCGGUUCUAACUUUUAAUGAAUUCUUUUUACGAGCACUCUUUCGUAGUAAUAAGACAACCUCGACCCCGGGCUCUUUGUCUCUUUUUUAUAACUCCCUGAUAUUAAAAAAAAGAAAAAAAGCCAUGGGAUCAAGGUUGGCAAAUAGGGGAGUUUUUCAAACACGGGGUGUCCGUUUACGGCAGGGUAUUCUUUUGAGCAGGGGCCGCUGAUUUGUGUAAAUCCUUUGGUAAGCACAUAAGUCAACCUCGUUUCCACGGCUUUUCGUGCUCGUCUCGCUGUCUGAUAUGCAAAAAGGAACAACAUGUCCCGGGAUCGAGGUUGCAUAUAGGUUUUAACGCAGCUAUAAUUUGCUCACUUUCCGCAUCAGAGCAUGCGCACUAGAGCAUACUUGCUUCCUAUUGUAGCCGCUGAUGCGGAAACUAAACAACGGCGCAAAGCAUUCCGAAGGCGACCACGGCUAAGUAUGAAACAGAAAGAUUAUGCUCAAGUAAACGAUAGCUACAGUAAACAUGUUUAAGGUGAGAUCUCACAUUGAGCAUACUUGGUAGUGUUUUAAAAGAAGAGAGGUAGCGAAGAAGUUUAUGAUGUGUUUUCUAAUCGAAAGAAUCAUCUUAGCAAGACAUGGUUACAUCGUGUUGGUUCUUAUAUUUUAUAUAUAUCGACAAGUUCAGAUGUUUCUCGAAAGUAUUGUUGUUAGAGAAUAAGAGAUGACGACCCCUCACGCUCCAAAAACGUAAUUUCAUUGCCUACUGUUAAGACGACACAUAUAUUGAAUAGUUAAAAUUCAUAUAACUGCAGUGUCCUUUAUAAGUACGCGGGAUUGCAUUGAGACAUUCUCUCUGAAGACUUCAAGUACGUGCACGUAACAUUAGAACUAUAGGAACAUAGAAACACAGAAUAUGGUUUGUGAUGGAUGGUGACAUGUUGACUGGCAAUACUAUUUCCAACGAUCGAUAUUAUGAAAUUCUAUUUACGUCUGCCGUUUGUUAUGUUGACCAUGUUUCUCGUUUAUCUUUUUAUUGACACAUACUUCAAGAACAGAUUUAUCCAGCCUACACGUAAAAAAGCCCGGGCAAGCGAGACAAAGAUCGUAAACAAAUAUCGGAAAGCAUUUCUUAAGCGUCGCAUGCAGUUGUUCGUUCUUAACGAAAACAUAACAGCGUUAAAACGAAAACCGACAAGAAAGAGAUUUAUUAAAGAAAUACCGAAUACUAACUAUAGACUAAGUCGUCUACUUUAUCAGCUGUGGGAUCCGAAUAACUACCAAAAUCAAGGAAGCAUGCUAAGUUGUGGUAAUCUAGUGAGCGUUGAUGAUAAAAAAUACCGGCAAGGCCGAAGAUUCGCCCGAAAAUUAAACCGAAAGUUUUACGAAUAUGUUAAUGUGUCAGAUAUAUGGGAAGCGAUCAAGUAUUCGUGUCUUCCAGUGAAAAAUAUUUUCCAAUACAAAACGCCGAACUUUGGACCUGCUUCCUACCCUAUUGCGUACACAAUCACUUUAGACCGAACUGCUGAACAAUCUUUGCGCAUGCUCGCUAGUAUUUAUCACCAUGACAAUAUAUACUGCGUCCAUCCAAACGCAAAAUUCGGUUUAUUAUAUAUGAAUAUUUUCAAGCGAAUAGCGGAAUGUAUACCGAAUAUUGUGGUACCGGAAAAAAUUUUUGCAAUUCGAGUGAAAACAUAUAACCAUUUAAAGGCGGAGGUCGGAUGUUUCUCAAAACUUCUUAAAAGCAAUGUACCGUGGAAGUAUGGCAUAAACUUACCGAGUUCCUCCUUUCCGUUACGUAACAAUACUUUCAUUGUUAAAUAUCUUAGAUCCAAACCUUAUGAGACUUCCAUGACGUGGGAAUUACCAAACGAGCGUUUUAUGAGACGAGUUCGAUUUGUGCAUGUUCUAAAAGAAACAGAAGGCGAGACCUUACUGCUCCGGACAGCUAUACAAAAGUCGCCACCCCCGGAUAAUCUUAUUAUUUUUCGAAAAGGAAUGUAUUUUAUCUCCACUAGAAAUUUUUAUACCUACAUCACAGAAUCGAACACAGCUCAAAAAUUUUUAGAUUGGGUGGAGGAUACUAAAAGUCCGGAAGAUUUUUAUUAUGCGACUUUGUAUAGAUAUAAAUACGCUCCGGACGGAUUUCCGUAUGAUCCGAGUAAUGAAGAAAUUCAACUAAAAAAACACCGGGGAACGGACGAUAAUGUAAGUCGGAUACCGCCUAGUGAUUUAAUGUUGAGUUUGUGGAAAAGUGAUGGUGCGCAGAGAUGUCACGGACAGUAUCGAGGACAUGUCUGUACAUUCGGUGCCGCAGAUCUCCGUUGGCUCAUCGAACAAGACUAUUUAUUUGCAAUAUCGUUUGAUUAUCGCGUAGAUCGUGUCUCUAUCGAUUGUUUGACGAAACAUUUAAAACAACCGAUAUUAAGUGACACAUAUCACGAUGAAAACGAUUGGCCAACUGUAAAAUUGGGGUGACAAUAAUUAAUCAGAUAAUAAUCUCAGCCAGAGCUCGUUUAUGUCUAUGAUACGCUGACUCUAGGCCUGGGGACGAAGUUAAUCAAAUAUAGAUGAUCAAUCAAAUCAGAUUUUCUGGCUAGGAAAAGCUACGAAAAUUUUAGGUGAAUUAAUUAAAUUUUAUUUCUUAAAAGUAUUAAGAAUAAACAAAAUAAACGAUUAAA